AUGGCGUCCGCUUCAUCUACAUCCACGCGCCCCAAUGUGAUUGUGGAUGCCCUCCGCACGACUUUCAAAGAUGCGGACGGCAAUCCAUUACCGAACGAACGCAUAGCGCAGCUGCUGCUGGAAAACAUGCACGAGCUCGUCAAACUCGUGCAGCAGGGCAAGAUUUCGAGUGCUCAAAUUGAGCAGCUUCAGGAGUUUGCGCAUAAGCAUGCAGCGAAGUCAUCCGCGGAUGCUUCAUCCAAGACUAGCACAGCUACACCAGCUCCCGAUGCGUAA